AUGCCCACUCACGAGGGAUCGUCGGCGCCUCUAUUCGACAUGGAUGCGUAUCCGGGACUGCAAGUCGUGGUGCUGAAAAGGCGCUUCGGCGAACUCGAGAACACCAUGGACGAAAUCAUCCGAAAGAGAAUGGCAUCGCAAAAGAGUAUCAAGGACACAGCGAACCUGCACAAACUGCUGCUCCUGCGAACACAGAUCAACUCGUUGGCGUCCCAGAUGGUUCAGCAGCUCGGCGAUGCGGCCACCGGCAAAGUCAACACGGCCCGUCAGCCGCAUCGCAUUCCCAGGAAGCCUGUGCCCUCGCCGUCCCCACGACAUCCCCUGAGUUCCGGCCCUACGGAUGUUGAGACCCAGCCAUCGCUGAACGGAGCCUCUCUGCCGACUCGUCAGCCUGGCGAGUCUUGCUCGACGCUUGCCGUGGCGCCUAUUGAUAUGAAGACCUCCUUUGUCGCCUCGUCUCUGGGUUUGCACACCCCAGGUUCGAACACACUCGGCCAGCAUGCACCUCCGGCGGCCCCUGCAGCUGCGGCGCCUACGGCUGCGGCUCCAACAAUCCAGCCCAACCACAUCAUCUAUCGCAAGCUCGAGGCUGCCUACUGGGCACGGUUCUCGUUCCUCAAGAAGCGCAUCCACGACGACCACUGGCAAGCCUUCAGCAGCAGAGCCAAGAGCGAAGGCUGGGAAGGCGAGAGGCUGUACGCGGAGGAGCUCGAAAUGUUCCACGAGGAUAUCACCAGCCUGGCCGCCAUCGAGACGCAGCAUGACUUUCUGCGCUACGGCAUGAAGGGCCUCAAGACAAAGGAGGCCGUGGCCGCCUACUGGAAGCUCUGCGUCGAGCGCGCCGCGGCUAUACCGUGUCACAUCAAGCGGCAGCAUCGUCGGCAGCAGCAGUUCAAGGAGGUUCAGGACCUGAAUCACGAGCAAGAGGAAGAGGCCCACAGCAGGCACCUUGGUCGACUGCCGCGGCUUGUGGCCCGGUAUAGUCGCUCUAUGCGGAAUCUUCCUUUCGGCGAGGGCCUGCAGAUGCUCGCCCACAUCCCUUGGCGACAUGGACUGCAUGGACGGCGACGAGGGGCGGGGCGUCGAGCCCGUCCCCGUGCCAGCCGCGGCGAGAAGCUCGCGAAAAGUGUCGUGGAAGAGUUCCGGCGGCAGUACGAGCAACCUCGCAGCACGGAGGACAGCGCCGUGCAAGAACAGGAGGCAGGCGUGAUGGAAACGUCGACGCAGAACUGCGAGCACUCUGACGCGUGUGGAGGCACGCUGCGGUUCCACCCCCCUCCGAUGCAGGCCGGAACGUGCUUUGAUGUUGUCAUUUCCCUCGACGACAUCAAGUCCACGGAAGCACCCGAGGUGACCGCCGAACGAUCUGUCAGAGCCGCGCUCGCGAGGCUCUUCGAGACCCUGGGUAUCGCGGCCUUGGGCGACGCCGCCAGGCUCGAGCCGCUUCAGCCGGUCGUCGUCGAGGAGGUGGACGUCCAUUACUUUGCGCCCUGGUCCACGAAGAGGCGCGCCAUUGCGUGUGCCGUGGCUACCAUUCGCGGCCAGCUCUGGGGCGACGGGGCUGUCCUCCGCUCCGAAGCGUCGCCGCAGCUUUGCGAGUUUAUCGGAACGCGGUCUGGAGACGGGAGAAGGCCCGCCGCCGAUAUGCAUGCGACUGGUGACUACAACUGUGAGUCUGAGGGGUCGAUGGAGCAUCAGCCGGACGCUGACAUCUCUCUCGACGUGGAUUCGGACGCCGACAGCUGGGCCUACUGUACUGUGGAGGACUGGUAG